AUGGAAUUUUACCUGGAGAUUGACCCUGUCACCUUGAACCUGAUCAUCCUAGUUGCGAGCUACGUCAUCUUGCUCCUGGUUUUUCUCAUCUCCUGCGUGCUGUAUGACUGCCGAGGCAAGGACCCCAGUAAGGAGUAUGCUCCUGAGGCCACCCUGGACGCCCAGUCCUCCAUCCACCUGGUGGUGAUGCAGCAAAGUGCUCCGCGGGCCCACUGGGCAAGCGGCCCUGGCCUUCAUUUUGGGAAUCGUGCUCCACUAGGGAAGAAAAGCACAAUGGUGUGA